AAAGGUCAAAUUACAUCAAAAAAUCAAACACUGAAUUGUUGCAGCAUGUGAUGGCACAGUACUUCGAAAACUACAAAAAACUGAACUUCAUUCAACACAGUCUUCUGGCAUCAAGGUUGGAUAUGGACGUCCCCAAGGUCCAUCAGGUGCAAGGGAUGGAGCUGUUGCUCAGAGAGGUGGAUGUUGUGGUUAACUGAAACAAGAAGAGUCUCUAAAUGUAAUCCUUCAGUGCAAUUAAUUUCUAAUACUUUUUCAGCUUUCAUCCCUUCUAUGAAUACACACCAUUCAAAGUGCUGUGGAGCUUCUUGAGAAAGUUGACUGUAUAGAACUACUCUUGUUUUUCCUUAGACUUUACUGGGAAUUUGUGGAAUUGUAUCUUCAAUUUCAGUUCCAGGACAGGACCACAUUUGAGCCAAGGGCAUCCACCUUUUUAACAGUUUAAUAAAUCUUCCAUCUUGCU